AUGUUGAAGGCCAAGGUGCUGCUGGUGGGGCCUCGGGAGUCUGGGAAGUCGGUUUUGGCAAACUUUGUUUCGGAAAGCAUAGAGGGGAUUGGCAGCUACAGCCCCACGCAAGGUGUAAGGAUCCUGGAGUAUGAGAAGCCAAACCUGAACGGUAACGGCAAGGGAGCUGGGUGUCGGUUUGAGCUGUGGGAUUGCAGCGGGGAUCAGAAGUUUGAAACUUGCUGGCCAGCUCUAACGAAGGACUCUCAUGGUGUAGUAAUAGUCUUCAACCCUGAGCUGCCCAUCCACCUGAAGGAGCUUGAGAUGUGGUACUCCUCCUUCGUGCAGCAGCAGCCACUGCUGGACAGUCAGUGCCUCCUGGUCGCACAUCACAAGCCAGGCACUGCAGGGGACACAGAAAACCUGUCCUUGGCUCACCCACUGGACAAGCUGAGGCUGAUACAUUCCAACCUGGAGGAAGAUCCUGAAGACGUUCGGAUGGAGUUCAUGAAAUACUUCAGAAGCAUUAUCAGCUUAAUUAAUGAGAGCAGGGAGAGGGAGGAGAUGUCCAUUAUCUCCUAACAUUAAAAGAAAUCCUGAAGAGGGAAGAAGCA